AUGCCAAUGAAACCGAGAAGCCAAACGGCGCACGGGACAUGAGAAAAGACUAUGCACCACUUGGGCUGCCGGUGUCGACACGCCACACAUGCCACGGUUGAGUCACUGGUUCAUGGGGCUCACGUACGUGCUCCUCCACCAACCGCCGCCGCCUACUUUUACCAAGCGCGCAUCGCCGAGGAGCCGCGUCGCGGUGCAGCACGGUGCCCUUGCAUACAUCGAUCACGUACGUACGUGAGUGCGUCGCGGGUGAUCGAUCAAACAAUGGCCGCCCCGCCUCUGCCGGGCGCGUACAUGCCUGACCUGCCGGCGGUGCCGGAGUGGCUGAACAAGGGCGACAACGCGUGGCAGCUGACGGCGGCGACGUUCGUGGGCAUCCAGUCCAUGCCGGGGCUGGUGGUACUCUACGGCAGCAUCGUGAAGAAGAAGUGGGCCGUCAACUCGGCCUUCAUGGCGCUCUACGCCUACGCCUCCACGCUCAUCGUCUGGGUGCUGCUGGCCUUCCGCAUGGCGUUCGGCGACCGCCUCUUGCCGUUCUGGGGCAAGGCCGGGCCGGCGCUGACGGGGGACUUCCUCGUGGCGCGCGCGUCCUUCCCGGCCACGGCGCACUACGGCGCCGGCGGCGCGCUUGAGGUGCCCCCCACGCAGCCCUACUACCCGGAGGCGACGCUGGUGCUGUUCCAGUUCCAGCUCGCCGCCAUCACGCUGGUGCUGCUCGCCGGCGCGCUGCUGGGCCGGAUGAACAUCAAGGCGUGGAUGGCGUUCACGCCGCUCUGGCUGCUCCUCUCCUACACCGUCUGCGCCUUCAGCCUCUGGGGCGGCGGCUUCCUCUACCACUGGGGCGUCAUCGACUACUCCGGCGGCUACGUCAUCCACGUCUCCUCCGGUGUCGCCGGCUUCACCGCUGCCUACUGGGUGGGGCCGAGGCUGAAGAGUGACAGGGAGAGAUUCGCGCCCAACAACAUCCUGCUCAUGAUCGCCGGCGGCGGGCUGCUGUGGCUGGGCUGGGCCGGGUUCAACGGCGGCGCGCCGUACGCCCCGAAUAUCAUCGCGUCCAUCGCGGUGCUCAACACCAACGUGAGCGCCGCGGCGAGCCUCCUCACCUGGACCUGCCUCGACGUCAUCUUCUUCGGCAAGCCGUCCGUGAUCGGCGCCGUGCAGGGCAUGAUGACGGGCCUCGUCUGCAUCACCGCCGGCGCAGGGCUGGUGCACACGUGGGCGGCGGUGCUGAUGGGCAUCUGCGCCGGCAGCGUGCCGUGGUUCACCAUGAUGGUCCUCCACAAGCGCUCCUUCCUCCUCCAGAAGGUGGACGACACCCUCGCCGUGUUCCACACCCACGCCGUCGCCGGGCUCCUCGGCGGCGUCCUCACGGGGCUCCUCGCCACCCCGGAGCUCACCACCCUGCACACCCACGUCCCUGGCACGCGCGGCGCCUUCUAUGGCGGCGGCAUCCAGCAGGUGGGCAAGCAGCUGGCCGCAGCGCUCUUCGUCGUCGCGUGGAACGUCGCGGUCACCACCGGCAUCAUCCUCGCCGUGGGCCUCGUCAUCCCGCUGCGGAUGCCCGACGAGCAGCUCAGGAUCGGCGACGACGCGGCGCACGGCGAGGAGGCCUACGCGCUCUGGGGAGACGGCGAGCGGUUCGAUGUGUCCCGGCGUGCGGCAGCGAGGGCCACCGAGGUCGGGGACCAGUCGGUCGACCAGCGUCUGGCAGCCAUGGGAGCUAGAGGCAUCACCGUUCAGUUGUAGUAGUAGAUAGAGCAAGAGGCGCCCCUCGUUCUUUCGCCAGAUGAACUCGACGGUAUCUACGUACAAGCCACAGAAGGGAUAUUCGUAGCUCAAUCUUUUUGUUAAGAGACAAAUGCACCAUAGCUUUAGCCUUUACAUGUGCUUUGCUCUUCGCUCUGUCAAUUUAAGCUCUCGCCCUUCUUUUUAGAUUAAAUUCAGUUCCUGCUUGACAUGUUUGUUCUGAA